AUGGCUGCGCAGCAGCCCUCCCUGCCCCGACAUGGCCCAGGCAGAACAGGACUCCCCACCUCAGACCACACCCGUCCAGGCAAGCGUCCCGGUAAACUGUGCAUCCUCCAGACCCUCGUCACGCGGGCCGCCAGCCUUCCCCGAGCAGCUCCUGACGCCCAGGGGCCUCAGAAGACCAGCGGCAUCGUGACCCCCGGGAGCAGGCUUGAGAGGCAGGGACUCACGGCCACGCUUCUGAAGGAGGCCACCCACGGGGGGACGGUGUGGGGGAAGGAGGGCACUCUGACCCUCAUGUGGGGCUGCCUGGGGCCCCCACCAUUCACGGUGCGCCCUGGCCUGUUCCCAGCUCUGAGCGCCUUGGUUUUCUCCCCAGAGCGGGGCGUGCGCUUCCGAAGGAGCCCUGGGGCGGCGUGCGGGCGGCACGGGGACCGCCAGGUGAGUGGCCGGCAGGACCCGGCUCCCACGCUGACCAGGCUACUAGUGGCCCUGUCGGUGGAGUAG